AUGGCCGAGCCUCGCUUCGGACGUGAUCGUCGACGGCCGCAGCGCCGCGGAGCUCCCGGCUCCAGGCGCACCAACCCGUGGUAUGUGCUCGCCAUCGGCUUCUUCGUGGUGUACCUCAUCUUCCUGGUGCGCUGGCGCUUUGGGAACGCUUCUGACCUGGAGGGCUCGGCCCCCACCGAGCAGCUCAGCAACCUGCGCAAGGCCAGCAACCCGCAGCACGUGCAGAGCGACGACGCGCUGGACGUGGAGGUCGCGGCGCAGCUGGAAGAGCAGCGCAAGAACGAGGAGCGCGCGCGUCAGAUCCCCAUCAAGGUGGUGCUGCCAACGACUCCCCCACCCUCUGCUGCCCCCAAAGCCACAACUGCCGCAGCUCCUGCUCCUGAAGCCACUCCUGAAGCCACACCGGUCCGUGCUAUCGUAACGGAGAAGCCACGGGAGCUGGAGCAGGUGGCGGCAGCUGAGGAGCUUGAAGGCCGCGUGCCCGGGAUGCCGGCGCCCGUGAUGGAGGAGGAGCCGGUGCAAGCUACAGAGGCGGCGGCUGUGGCCUUGCAGCCUGCGGCGGCUGCACCGGAGCAGCUUGCGACGAACGCAGUGCCAGUGCAGGUGGCGCUGGUUGAGCCUGUGGUGCCGUUUGAAGCUAGACACCAGGAGAUCUCCGGGUACGAAGCGACGAUGAAGUUCCUGGAGGGCUACCAGGCCAACCCGGACGAGUCGCUGUUCCUGUUCUUCAUGUGCAGUGACGAGCAGUUCAAGGCCAACGACUGGUCGGAGGAGUGCGUGGAGGGCAAGAAACACGUGUACGACGUGUUCUCCAAGUCCCCCGGCCGCAACCGACUUGUGACGGUGUUUGCGGGGUCGGACAAGUACUGGAAACACCAGAACGACUUCUACAACGACCCGGAUCUGCGCGUGAAGGGCGUCCCGUGCUUGAUGAAGUGGGAGGGCCACAACGGCCAAACGAGCGGGAUGCUGGUGCAGCGGUCUCUGUUUGACGAACCGUUCCUGCGGUAUUUGUUCAGGAACACGGACCAACCGGAAGUGCUGUUCGUUGCGGACGAUAUCAAGAACAAGCAGAUCGUUACGGUCAAUGGCUACGAUGCGUAUGUGGACGCCAUGGUCAAGUACGAGAAGGAGGAGAAUCCCGUCCCCACGUUCCUCAUGAUGGUAUCGGGUCGGUUCAAGAACAACAAGCGGCCGUGGUGUCCGUACUGUCGGUACUCCGAGUUGCCUCUCGAGUAUGCGUUUUACUCUUACGCCCCCAAGAACGCGCGGAUGAUUCGCGUCGAGGUCACCGACUCGUACUCGGAGUGGAGGAAACGGAAUGAAUUCACGCGGGACGAGAAUCUGCAGCUCAAGAUCGUCCCAUUGAUGUUCAAGAUCGACCCCAUUCCAGCUGCCGGCCCGAAUGGUACCAAAUCGAUCAAGUUUGUCCCACACAAGAUCCGGUACGACGAACUAGCCUCGCUACGCGAGUUCUUCACCAGCUUCACAUAG